AAAAAACAACGAUAUCACAAAAUAUAAACCGGAAGUAAAAUGUUUGUGACCGCGGGAAAUAUGGCCGAAUUGACGUGCAGUCAAGAAUAAAAAUGAACUGAAGAAAAUUUUGCUUUAUUGGUAGAGUCCAGCCAAGCCGUCACCCUGGAUGCAGAUGAUAUGAUUGCGGCCUGUUUUACCCAGGAUUUUGUGCCCUUUGGAAGGGAGUACAGUCGGCGGCAUCCUGGGACAUUCCAACUGCAGGUCCAAAACACUGUCAGUGCCGAACAUGGGGUGCCACUCCUCAAGUCUUUCCGGGACAUCUCCAUACAGGAACAUAACAAGAAGGAGCAAUGGCUAUUCCACCAGAUUCCCCAUGAGGUAAACCAAGACUUGUGUGAUGAAGAGUUGUACUUCAGUGGCAACACUGUUGUCUGGAGCAAGGGGGGACAAAAUGCUUCACGAUCCAUUGUCAAAACAUUCACCGUGGACACACCAGUAGUACAGGCCUUAUGGAGUAACUUCAUCCUGCCUGCUUCAGGGGUUCCAGAAGAGACUUCUAGUUUCAGUCCACAAGGUGAGCUACAGAGUGGUGUUUGUGUGGUGGAGUCGGGGUCGAUCAGCUUCUUUGUAGAGAAGGGUGGAGAGUACAACAUUGCUCUUCCAUUCCAGGUGGCUAGUACAUGGAUGAUUGAGAAUGGACUUCUGUUUGAGAGGACUGUAUCACCCACAGAAAUAGCUACUGGCAAAAGGAAUUCCCCCAGUCAGACAACAGUUUUCAGCAUGUUACACCCAUUAGACGAGGUCGCUCCUGUCAUUACAAAAACAUCAAGUUCUGGUGGGUGUCCAAAGAUUUCAUAUUUGACAGACAACACACAACAUAUCAUCUUCACUAGUGUGGAACCUUCGCUGGUGUUUACUUAUGACACAAUGGUCGGGGUCCACUCAGCCUGGCGGGUCCGGAAGGCCAGGCUAGAUGAGUGUAAUACAGUGUGUGGUUUGCUGGAGAAUAGUUUCUACCAUCCUGGUGCCAUGGCAACACCUAUGGGAAUGAACCAGUCCAGCUCCAGCCACUCGCGUUUUAUUGGUAGUCUGUCAGCCCAGUCUCCGAGCAUUUCCCCCAUGAGGAGCUUCUCUGGACGAGUUAGCUCCCCUGGUAUUGUUCCUGGCCGAUCACAGAGCCUCAGCCCUGCUGUCGGCAGUAUGGCUGCUGUUAGCCGUUCCCAGUCUCCAGCCAUGGGACUCAAUUCCAUGCACCGUUUGCUGUCCCCUUCACCCAGUGUGACACGUAGCCCUGGAAACUACUUCCGCACUCCACCUGUGGGAUCUCACAAUGUGUCGCUCAUUAAUGAGAGCUACACAGAUUGGGUUGAGCCCCUCAAGCCUGAGGUGUGCUUCGAGCACCUGUGGACAGAGCCAGCACCUGCCAUUAGAGAUGGGUCUCUAGGGAAGUCAUCCAAAGCCUUCCUGACACGUGAUCUGUGUGGACAGCAGUACCUGUGUUAUGUGAUAUCUUAUAGACAACAGCUGCGGUGUGUGAAAUUUGAGGAGAGCAAUGAUCUGAGUCAGCUGAUCUUCGGGACGGUGGCAGUCAUACCUGCCAAGGAUGCCGUCCCUAUUGAGAGCCUGGAUCUGUUGGUACUUCUGGACCCUACUGGGGCCCUGUGGGUGUACAGUGGAACCACAAAGAUUAAUCGUCUUCAUGUACCUACCCUUCCACUGGGGUCAAGCUCAUUGAGUAUGCUACGGACGACCACGCCCAUCAACAGUCCCAGCAGAGGUGGCUACUUCACCUCCUCCCGACCACCAAGUGCCAUGGAGGCUGGUUUUGAUGAGGAGAUGACCCAGAUGUCCCCUGUACCAACAGAGUUGGAGGACUCCUCACAGUUUGAUGAGUUUCCUAUGCAGAGCAGUUUCAUACAGGGCAUAAAGGAUAAUGUUGGGGCACGAUUCACAAUUGAACUGAUGAAUAACCACCUGUGCAGGACAACCAUGCCCUCCAUUACAUCUUCACCGGGAAUUGAGAUGUGUCUGCAGGCCUUGAAGCACAUGCUUCCCAAAGACCUGGCCAUUUCCAUAUUAGGGAAAUGGUACACAGCCAGAAAUACACCUGGGGGACUUGGCAACCAAUCAGAAUGGAGUUUAUUUUCAAAGUGUUUACUGAGCAUGAUGGGAUAUGACACCACCCGACUAGCCCUCACUAACCAGCAUGAGAUGGACACAUCAAUGUCUCCCGUUGUGGCAGUCAAGAGGCCAAAACAGUCUGACCAGGGGUCCGAAGAUGACUGGGAAGGCCUGCUGUCUUCAUCCCACCACCUGUACACUACCCAGUGUAUGGACCCAGUCCUGGGCUUGGCCCCCUGUACGUCUAUCCCUGAUGCCACGUCCUACUCUAAGCCCUGUGCCAUCAACACCAGUGCCACUCUGUUCCCUCACAUACCAGCUGUCCUGAUGGGACUGCAUCUUAUCUACGAGGAGAUGAAGCUAAACACACUGCUAAUGGAGGAUGUAGAGAAACUUGUUCCCCUCCUGUACCAGAUAGCUAGUGACUUAAAGUGCACCAACUACACAGAUUAUUACUGUAGGGACUUCCAGCACCUGUUUGAUGCUGUAGACGAAGUUAGCCAGGUUACUGAAGAUCACCUCCACAAAAUGGUUUACCCAGGAGUAUUCAGUCAAUUUGUGCCCUCGGUAUUACAAUGGCUCCAGUCCAACUUAAGGGGAGACGAUCCAGGUUCACUUCCCUACAUACCUGGUGUCUGUAACAACAUAAAGAAUGUGAUAUCGCUGUAUGCUUUGUUACUGAAGAGGGACCUAACUACAGAGCAGGCCAUAGACAAAUGUCUACGACGCGUUGCUCCGGCAGGUCACCGAGCACCCACCUGUGAUUUAUCCAUGUCCAGGAGUUUCUCUAGAAGCUUCUCUAUAUGUGUGCCCAGUGCCAGUGUGCCGGAGAGGAUUGUCCUGUAUAUGACAGAAAUCGGUAUGACCAAUCAGGACCUGGAAUACUUACCUGUGGGUAUCUCUCUUCCUUUACGGGAAGCCAUCUUUCACUGCAGAUGUAACGCUCCUUCUGAUUGGACAGAACAAGCAUACACAUUGAUAGGGAGACAAGACCUAUCCCAACUACUUGGGAUGGAAAACAAGAAGCCUCAGGCUCCCCCUGGAAUUUACACCAAACAGCCACACACCCAAUCUAAACAUUCAAAAGAGGAGGAGGAUGGUAUGGAACAUAUGGAUGAGGAGUUGCUGAGACUGCGGUUCAGUGAGGAUCUACGGGUACAGGAGGUGCGAAGGUUGUUACAGUCAUCACGGCCAGCUAGGAUAGCCCUUGUACAGCGGCCUGAGGUCAGUGAUCACGAUUUCAUAGAGGAACAAGAAAAACAUCUGUAUUCCAUAUGUAUAAGGACCAUGGCCCUUCCUGUCGGCAGAGGAAUGUUUACCUUAUCAACAUACCAUCCCCUACCUACAGAGGCAAUCCCAAUCCCAAAACUUUGUCUGACAGGCAAAGCACCACCCAGAAAUGCGACUGUAGACCUCACUCAUAUUGACACUCCAGCCAAUAUGUCGGCUUGGCCUCAAUUUCACAACGGUGUGGCAGCAGGACUGCGGAUAGCCAACUCCUCACAGGUCGACACCACUUGGAUCAUCUACAACAAGCCUAAAAGUAAUGAAUUCACCAACGAGUAUGCUGGCUUCCUCAUGGCGCUGGGUCUGAAUGGUCACCUCAACCUUAAUACUCUCAACAUCCACGAUUACCUCAGUAAGGGCCAUGAGAUGAUUACUGUAGGACUUCUUUUAGGAAUGGCUGCAGCAAAGCGAGGUACAAUGGACUUGGCCACGAUGAAGUUACUAAGUAUCCAUGUACCAGCUCUACUACCUCCAACCUCUACUGAGCUUAACGUUCCUCACAACGUACAGGUAGCUGGAGUACUGGGAGUGGGGCUCGUGUACCAGGGUACAGCCCACAGACACACUGCAGAGGUUCUAUUGUCAGAGAUAGGUCGACCUCCGGGACCAGAGAUGGAGAACUGUAAUGAUCGUGAAUCCUACUCCCUUGCCGCUGGCAUGGCUCUAGGUCUCGUUAUGUUUGGGAGAGGCAGUGAGAUUGUGGGAACCCCAGACCUAAGUAUGGCAGACACACUGUAUCACUUCAUGGUGGGCGGACAUAAACGGCCACUGAGUGGGCCCAAUAAAGAAAGGUACAAGUCACCAAGCUGUCAAAUCAAGGAGGGUGACAGUGUAAAUGUGGAUGUGACAUCUCCUGGGGCUACAUUAGCUCUUGGCAUGCUCUACUUCAAAACCAACAACAGUGCUGUAGCGGAGUGGUUGAUUGCAUCUGAUACACAGUUUAUGCUUGAUCAUGUCCGACCAGACUUUCUUAUGUUACGGACACUGAGCCGUGGACUUGUCAUGUGGGAUUCUGUAAUACCAACGUUUCAGUGGCUAACUGGUAACUUGCCUCCGAUCAUUCAGAAAUAUGCAUUUGCCCAAGGGCAUGUCCAGGAUGAUGACACACCUGUGGACUUUGAGACGAUGAGCCAGGCGUACUGCAAUAUCGUGGGUGGAGGAUGUAUGGUGAUUGGUCUGAAGUUUGCUGGGACAGCCAACAAACAGGCAUUUGAUACUCUGAAAGAGUGUAUGCGUAUGUCUCUGGAUAUUGUGUCCUGUCCAAGUCAUGUAGAACAAGCUGGGAAAAUCACAGUUGAGAACACGAUGAUGUCCAUUCUAUUGGCCCUGGCUAUGGUGAUGUCAGGGACGGGUAAUCUAGAAAUCCUUCGUAUGUGUCGCAUGUUACGGGCUCGUGUUGGUCCCCACAGUCUAGGGGUGAUGUAUGGCUCGCACAUGGCCAUCAGUAUGUCCCUGGGGCUGCUCUUCCUAGGUGGGGGCAGGUACUCGCUGAAGACCACAUCAGACUGUAUAGCCGUGAUGCUGUGUGCUUUCUAUCCCAAGUUCCCAAUUCACAGUAACGACAACAGGUACCAUCUACAGGCCUUGCGUCACCUAUAUGUGAUGGCUGCUGACCCUCGCCUUGUCCUUCCUCGCGAUGUAGACACAGGACACCCUUGUUAUGUACCUAUGGAAGUCAGAUUUAAGGAUACAGAUGUAUACAGUAAUGUCUCCUUCAAUACAUCGGCACCCUGCCUUUUACCAGAACUGGAUGUCAUAGAAGAGGUAAAGAUAACUGGACCGCGAUACUGGCCUAUAACAUUCCAUCUGAACAAAAACUGGAACAACUUACAACUGGUGUUACAAAACAACGGUACUUUGUAUGUCAAGCAGCGGGCAGGUCACUUGUCCUAUGUAGAAGAUCCAAAGGGUUACAGAAGUAUGUUGGCCAAGUCUUUGACCAGUGACCACUCAAGUCAUUCCUCAGUAAAGCCUGAUGUUGUGAAAGCCUUUACCUCAGACCCGAGACUGCUUGCUCUGACAGAAUACUUCCUCAACACAAAGAAUAUGAAGGAUGUAGAUUUCCUUCAGAUCUUGUCCUCCAUUGUGUAUGAGUGUGUGACAAAAGAAAAGCCAGAAUCGAUUCCUUCCUAUGUAGAUCUCCACCAGUCACUGGAUCGGACACAGUUUGGGAUGAGGACAGCUGGAGUGUGUCAGCUAAAACUGGUCCUCAGUUACUAUGGCAGCAGGUUCUGUCUGGGUGACAGGGAGACGACAUCAGAACAGUUGCUGAAACUGGAAUUUCUCAUGGCUCUCAAGUCAAAGCUGGAAAACAUUCUAGACAGGUGGCAAACAGACAACAUGGACUUGUUGGUGAAGUACCUACAGGGAGAGGUGCUGAAAGGCCAAGAAACCUCACGCCUUUCCGCCUACCUGUCCUGGUUCGAGAUUCCCACCCCUGCACAGAUCUCCAAAGUCAUUGUGGAGGGGGCUCCUACACUACCAGUGCUGUGUGCGAAUCUACCCCAGCUCUCUGUGGGGACUGUGAUGAGAAUCCUUACCGCCUGGCAGGCAGCUGUGUGAUACACUGAAGCAAUCUUGUAACUAUCAGAAAGUCUGGAACUUGGCAGCAUGAUUGAAGAUGCAUUUAAAUGACCAUAUGAGUCAUAUGGUCUAUAAGCUGACAAGUCACUGAUGUAUAUUAAGGACAAUAACAUGGUCUUAACAUGACUUGACAACAUGGCAAGAAUUUUAAGGUCAUGUGACAUUCAGGUGGUCUGUAAGAUGACAGAAUGCUGCAAGAGUUAUGGAGUCAUGUGACAUGUGGUCUGUUAAUUACAUGACAGGAUGAUGCAAGAAUUAUGGCGUCAUGAGGCAUUUGUGUGGUUCGUGAAGUGGUUGUUGAUUGCCGUGUGAUAUAAGAGGAUGUGGCCAUACUACAGAGGAUGUGGCCAUACUACAGAGGAUGUGGCCAUACUACAGAGGAUGUGGUCAUACUACAGAGGAUGUGGUCAUACUACAGAGGAUAUGGUCAUACUACAGAGGAUGUGGCCAUACUACAGAGGAUGUGGUCACACUACAGAGGAUGUGGUCACACUACAGAAGAUGUCACACUACAGAGGAUGUGGUCACACUACAGAGGAUGUGGUCACACUACAGAGGAUGUCGUCACACUACAGAGGAUGUGGUCAUACUACAGAGGUUGUGGGUGGCCAUACUACAGAGGUUGUGGGUGGCCAUACUACAGAGGAUGUGGUCAUACUACAGAUGUCUUUCAGUAUUCUGUUAGAUGUAUGGAAGAGGCAGUCGUGUAAGUUUAUGAUAUGGCAGAAGGUUUCCACAUAAUAAAUAGAGACAGUUAUGUAAGCCAUCAUCAACUUAAAGAGGAUUCCUCAGACAGAAAUCUGCUAAUGUCUACAAAACAGGGCAGGCAAAAGACUAUUACAAAACAGGGCAGGCAAAAGACUAUUACAAAACAGGGCAGGCAAGAGACUAUUACAAAACAGGGCAGGCAAGAGACUAUAGUAUAGUGUUCAUUCUUCAUAUAUAAGACACACUCAAAAAGUGUUGUAACUAGUGAGAAUCCUGUGCCUAAGUAUUCAUACCUUUUGUUGUAUGAAUGGGAAACAGAUACAUAGCCUUGGCACAGUAAAGUAUUCAUUUGAUUGUGUUGUGAUACCAAACUCCCAUUCUUACAUGUUAUAUUUUAGUUAGUGCCAAAUGGUUUCUUCAAAUUGAAGACGUUUUAGUUUUUAGCUUGCUAUGACAGGAGCUGUUGUCAAAUAUAUUUGUAUAGGUAACCUUAUUGUUUAUCUGGAAAUUAAAGUAUUAAAUAUAAAAAUAGUAUGAAAUAAAAUUUGGUUUAAUAUUGCAAUAAGCCUGAACAACAUAAAUAUGAAAAACAUACUAUGAUAAUGAUAUUGUUUAUCUGGAAAUUAAAGUAUUAAAUAUAAAAAUAGUAAGAAAUUUGGUUACAAUAAGUCUGAACAACAUAAUAUGAAAAAUAGACUAUGAUAAUGAUAUUGUAGAAGUUAUCAGUAAUGAUUUUCUUCAUGUGGUUGUAUUUGUCCACCCCAAAUCAAACAAUCACUGAAACACACACAAGAUGAGGAGGGUGAUAGUUUGCCAGUGUCAUAUUAAAAUACAGAGAUCUAUAACAAUAUGUUCAACUGAGCAUAGAAUCUUGUUGUAUUUAUGAAAUAAACAAGUCAUAUCAAAA